GUCAGAUCUUAGAAACGGAAACGGAAGUGCUUUCUAGGUUACAGGACGCCAAAAUCUUGGACGAACUACAACUUGACUAUUAUUCUUCCUUGUCUGUUAUUGUUUGGACUUAUGCACUGAUGGAAGAUGGCUGACCAGAAUGAUAGUGAUUCAGACUGGGACAGUACUUUAGACUUUACAUCUUCAAGACACCCCGGUAUAUCUCAGCCACCAAGGAUUGACAUUGAAAUUGAAGAUGAAGAUUUCAGUAGACAGGAUUCUAGGGCUGAUCCAAAACCUAUGCCUGCAGAAAGAUAUUCAGUGGCUUUAAAUAACAAGAAAAAUUCUGAGGAUAAGAAAAGGCAGAGAGAUGAUAGUCAAGUACCAGAAAUAAAAGAACCUCCACUUUAUGCAACAGUUCAAAAGGAUUCUCGUGGUAAGGUUGUAGAAACCAAAACCAAUGAUAGUCCUCCAUACAACUUUAGACAGGCAAUGACAGGUCCAAUUACACCUGAUGGUCAGAGGGAACCAGCCAGACCUGGUAAGGACAGGAAAGGAAAUCUAUAUGAUGUAGCGAGGAGUGAUGGCAAUGAACAACAGGGAAAAGCAACAGUGACAAAGGAAGAAAGUUUCAGAAGUGUGAAUUCCUGGGAUUCAGAUGCAGAUGAAAAGACUCUUCAGGAAUUAAGGCAAAAUUUUACUGUUGAGAAACAGAGAGAACAAGAAGCUGAAUCGCUUAAACUUCAACUACAGCACCAAGAUCCAUUAUAUGAUGACCCAAUGGGUACAAACAGAUCUGAACCUACAUGGAAAAGUUUGACCAGUGGUUUCGGUGAAAAGAUUGCCAGGCUUUCUGGAAGAGGCAAAACACCCAAAAAUAAUAACAGAAAUCAAAAUGAUGUACCUCAGCAGUCAAGACAACGACAAGAGCAACGACCCCAGCAACCAGCGCCUAGUGACUUAAAACCUAUAGCAUUGAGGGCAACACAAGAUAUCUUCCGUGCUUCAGGGUUGGCAGAUAAAGAAGAAGUUCCAGAAUACUCAGAGGAUGAUUUAAAGAUGUUCCAGUCAUAUGCAUCCCCCAUCUUCCCACCUUAUGUGACGAAAGAAGAUGAGGGAGCAUAUACCUAUUAUUUUGGCCAUACUAACAACCUACAACAGUAUGAAGUAGAAGAUGAAGCUGAGCAGGCAUUUAUGCCAAAGAUUGCUGAAAAAUUUGAAAGAAUUCUGACAAGAAUUUAUCAAGAAUUUUUUGGAGUUAUUAGAAUAAUCACCAGCAUAGCAAUACUACUACUUGUGGAGACUCUAAACUAUGUGUUGAAGUAUGUUUUACAACCACUAGUGGUAGGAGUCCUGGGAACAAUUGGAGAAUUUUUCUUUAAACCAUUGCUUUCCAUAUUUUUCAAUGGAUUUGUUCAGCCUUUUGGAAUUUUCCUGUGGAAUGCAGCUGUAAGCUUUAGACAUAUGUUUGGACCCCUUGGAGACAUCUUACGGAGAAUACUGAAGGAGGUAGCGAUGUGCUGUAAAUCAUUUAAACCUAUUGAGAUACAUUGGAAAACAGGAACAAAAUCUGAUAUUCAAAAUGUCUGAUUAAAACAAGGAAUAUGUGAUACAGCAGUUCUUUAAUAGCAAAUUUUUUUAAGAAAAAAAAAGUAGAAAUAUUUUUUUGUCAGCAAUUAUUUGAAACUAUGACAAAUGUAUUAAACAAGAAUAUUCUGAUCUGUCAGCAAUUAUUUUAAAGCAGUUUUGUGUUUACAAAUGGACAUUUUGUCAUUAUAUUUCAUUUUAAUUCCUGGGCGAGUUUCUUUUAUCAUUUAAUAAUAAAUCAUCUUUUACUUUGCAAAUACAAUGUUUCCUUGUCAGAUUUUUUUUGAAUAAAAUUCUCAUCAUUUUCAAUUUCAAGUUAAAAUCACAAAGAGAAUUUCAAAUGAAUUCAAAGUUUAUCAUCCUCAUUAUUAUGUUAAAUAUAUUUUGUAAAGUUUGCAAUAAUAUUAAGAAUGUCUUUUAUACAUAUUCUUAUUUCAUUUUGAAAUUGCUGAUUAUUGCAAGGAAGUGAGUGGUUGUGAAUUUGUUUUAACAGAAAUGAAACCAAUCUUGUAAUAAAUAUGUAUACUAUGACAGUUGUCAAUCAUACCACAUCUUUUUUUUUACAUAUGAAAUGAUUAACAUACAAUUGUUUAAGUUUUCAAUAAUGUAGAAUUAUUAUUAAUGUAUUUCAAACCAUAUGAGGAAUUGAUUGAAAUAUCUGACACAAAAAUGUUAAAACCUUAAAAUUUUCAUGAUUAUCACUUGUAUUUUGAAUAAAACAAAUUAGUGAACCAAUUGAUAUAUAGGUCACUGAGGUGUUCAUAAAAAGGAUAUAGUAAUAUUCAAGGUCAGUAUUUCAUAGAUGGUCAUGGUGAAAAGGAAUGUCAGAAGAACAUAAUGCUUUUGCAAUAACAGAUAUUUGUGGCAUACAAAAACUGAUUAUUUGGACUAGUUUCAUUGAAGCACAUAUGCAUACUGAAUAUCAUUCGUUUAUUGAAAAAUUAUGUCUAAUGUUUAGACUUUUCAACUUAUGAUAAUGUUUUUUUCUUGCAGAAAAACAUUUUGAAAAACAAUUAAAAUAGUAAGGCUUAUAAAAUGAUAAGUAUAGAAAAUAAUACACUGGUGUAAAUAAAUGGUCCAGACAAUUUUUUCUUGAAUUAAAAUUCACUAUUUGUUAUAAUUUUAGUACACUUUUACUAUAGUUAGUUUAUUCCAUAAUGAGAUCUGUAGUAAUUGACCCUGAACUAUUACACAUUUGUUUUAGGGGCCAACUGAAGCCCACCUUGGGGUGCAUUUUAGGGGCCAGUUGAAACCCACCUUGAGGUACAGGACUUUAUCUCUGUGUUGAAAACCCUUUGGUGGUCUUUGGCUGUCUGCUGCUCUAUGAUUUAGGUGUUGCCUCUUUUACAUAUUUCCCAUUUCCAUUCUCAAAUUUAUUUGGGAAAUUUUAAAUAUAGACAAAAAAAUUUAAAAGAUUGAAAGACAAAUCUCAUUUCAGUUAACAUCAUCAUUGUUUGUUUAAACUGCAAUGUAAAAAUCAUUCAAAUGCAAUGUUUAUUUAUUUUGAAAUGUUUUCAUAUUAUGCAUGACUUAUUGUGAUAUUGUAAAUAAUAUUGACUUUUUAAAAUUUACUAUGUUUUUUAUACUUGUUAUAUUAUUAUGACUGAUUUUUGUUUUAGAAAUCAAAAGUGUUAAAAUAUGUUUACGAAUAUAAUCAAAUUAUGUUUAUUUCUUUAUUUAUUUCACAGAUUUUAUUCAUUUUACAAUAUUUUUUGUUUUAUAUAUGAGCACAAUAUUUUGUGAUUUAAUAAUCUAUUUGAGUGUAUUAGUUAAUAGACCAUAGAUUUGUGUGGACCAGUUAGUGCUUUUAACCUAAAACAGUCUUGUAAAUAAUGUGGUUUUAUUAUUAUAUUAUUAUAUUCAUGGGGUACUAAUUUACGCUUUUUUUAGGUUAUAUGUGAACCACAAAUUUCAAUAUUCAAAUAAAAUAACCAGUUUCCUUUAGGCUAGCUUGAUAAUAUCUAUUUGAAAACCUACAAAUAAAAUAUUCACUUAAUUACAGUUUUUCUUGAAUCCACAAAUUUAAACCCUGAAUAUAAUAAACCAAUCCACAGUAGUUAAAAUACUUUAGGUCAGUUAAUAUUUAUAAUUAGUUCAAUGGUGUAGAACAAUGAUGAAUGAGUAUUCAGACAAUUAUCAAACAAUUUAUCCCUGCAUUGCAUUGAGUACUGUGCUUAUUGCUGUAUUUUGUCUAUUCACAUUGGCUAGGUGUAAAGGGGAGGGUGAGAUCUCACAGAAUAUUAUGUGCCUGUCUAAAGUCGGGAGCCUCUUGAUCUGACCUUUGUAAGUCUUGUAUAUUUAAAAUUAAGUUUAUUUAUAUGUUUAGGAGUUUAGUGGGAUGUCCAUUUUUAUUAAACUAGUACAUAUUUUCUUUAGGAGACCUCUAAAGACCAUCUCUAGAUAUAGGGUUAUCUUGCUGUGUUGUAGACCCAUGGAUGGCCUUUUGAGACUGUUUUCUGUAUUUUAGUCAGGUUGUUGUCUCUUUGACACAUUCACCAUUGCCAAUUUUAUACAAAUAUAAUAAUACAUUUACAGUGGCUUUUAAUACAUAAAUAUCAUUUACCAAUCUCCAUCCUUUGCUCCUUGGUCUUUAACUGUUGUUACAAACAUCAGGAAAAAAUAAUAAAACCAAAAGGAUGGUAAUUAGUUUUAGAAAUGCAUUAAUUUAUUGAUCAAUGUGAAAGCAGCUAGUACAAUUUUAUAAGUGAAACAUAUUUAAUUCAUUUAAUGGUAUUUUCUGUAUCUAGAAAAUUCAGUUAAUUUUCUCUGAAAUGGUUUUGAUGGGUAAUUAUCUAUUAUUUAGUAACAUGUUCAAGAUAACAAUGAGGAGUUAUUGAAUAAUUAGUAAAGUUCCACAGCAAUAUGUUGCUUCCAUGCAAUUGGUUGUUAAACCAUGUCAAUUAAAAGACUGAGGUGUAAACUAGUUUGAGAAAUGCAUUGAUAUAUAUAAUAUAUUGACAACACCUAGUAUAUUUAAUAAGUGAAACAUAGAUUUUUUAUUGGUAUUUUCUGUAUCUAGAAAAUUCCAUUAUUCUGUAAAAUUGGUUUGAUGGAUAAUUAUUAAUUUACUAGUGACAUGAUCAAGAUAACAAUGAAAAGAUUUUAAAAUCAGAAACGUACCAAAUCUACAUGUUACUUUUAUGCAACGGGUUGUAACACCAUGUCAAUUUUACAGGGGAGGUGUUAACUAACUUGAGAAAUUUAUUGAUCUAUGUGGGAGCACUUUGUACAUAAUUCUAUUAUUCUUCUGUGAAAUGGUUUUGAUGGGUAAUUAUUAAUUAUCUAGUUACACGAUCAAGAUUUCUAUGAGGAGUUGCUUUAUAAUCAGAAAAGUUCUAGAUUUACAAUAAAAAAAAAGGUAUACUUCACCUUAAUGUUGCUUCCAUAAAGACUUUUUCACAAGAAAAUAUUAUUUUCCUGAUAUUUUUGCCGCAAAUUAUCAUAACAUGUAUUCAAAACAAGUUUAUAUUUUCUUUUUACGCAUAAGGCAGAAAUUAAGUGUUUUGUGGCAGGUAUAGAUACUUAAUCCAUAGUCAAAUACUUGAUGAUUUUAAAACCAAUAUUCAAUUAUGUAGUAAUCAUAAUAUUUACAAUUCUUAUAGUCUUAUUAUUUUUUUUUAUUAUAAAUUGAUGUCAAAUGAACACAUCAAUAACUUAUCAACUGUAAUUUGAUAUUUACUGUACUUUCCUAUUGCAAUGAAUAGCAUAAUACCCAUACAUCUAUAAAUGCUUUGUUUUAGUAUUUUGAAACUCAUACAAAGAUUUUAUAACUCCAACUCCAAAGUUUCAAAAUGCUGUAACUUUCUUACUAAUGCUUGAAAAUUUAUAAAAGUGGUAGUUAUGGAAUACUCUUUCAAAAAAAUGCAAUAUUAAUGUUGGUAUUAUGCAACAAUUAUGUAACCAAUCAUAAUUUUAACUGUAUCUAAAAUAUUUUUCCAAAAAUUUCCACUUUCGACUGAAAUUAGCAUCUGUGUAGGUAUCCCUGGAGGAUUGAUUUUCUUAUAUGUUGUACCUAUGGCCAUUAUCUACAAAACGUGUCUCAGAUUUCAGAUAGAAUGUAUAGAACAAACUUUACACCUAAUUAAACAUUAUCACCUUUUAUGUGGUUAGGAUGUUCACACUCAUUAGAGAUUAUUGAGAGAAUAGGGACAAUUUGAGACACCCUUUUGAAAUUUUUUCCGUAAAGUUAAAGAGAUGAUAGUGCUUAAUUCAUUCAAGUGAAAUGACCAAGAUUUUGCCACUAAUUACAUAAUAUUGAUUACAUAAUAAAAAUAUUCAUUCAUUUAAAAGAUUAAUCUUUUAUCUUUCUAUGUAUACCUCUUUUUGUUAUGCAUUUAAAAGAAAGUUACAGCAUUUUAAAGGUAGAUGAUUGGAAGUAAAACAAAUCUUUGUAUUGUGCUACCUUAAAUCACCAAAAAUCCUCUUUUCACAAUUUGUUUUUUCAUUUUUCAUAUUUUUUUUACCACUGAGACGAUUAUGUAGACAUUGGAAGUAUUACAGGAAAAUAAAAGAACACAUUUCAAAUCCGUCCACACAACAUAUUUGUGCUUUUAUUUGUAAAGGAUAAAAAAGGAUAUUUACCAGUUUUAUGUAUAUUUGUAAUUGAUUCGUGAAAUUCAGCUUACUUAAGAUAAACACAUUUGAAAUCACAUAUGUUUUGUCUGAUCUUAUACUGUAAAUUCUGAAAUUAUUGCAAUGUUUUAUAUUACUGCAAAAAAUGUGACAGGGUUGAAAUAGCAAUAAUUUAACCUUGCAUUUUGAAAAUUUUUAUAUAAAUUAAACAGUAUGUUUCUCAAUAUGGAAAAAUUAAAAUCACAUUUUAGUCUAAAAUGACAAAAUUGCAAUAAUAUAUGCACACAAUAAUUUAUGAAUUUAAGGUACAAAAAAGUGGAAUUUUAGUAAAUAAGUGAAUUUAAUAAAAGAUCUAAAGCAAAGUAUUAAAGUUGCUGAGGGACAAACACAGUAUAUUCUCACGGCAAUAUCCAUUCUCCAUCAAAACCAUUUGACCUAGGACCAUUUAUUAGCACCAAAUUAAACAUUAACUAAAACCUGUAUAAAAUGGGAAAUAGAAGUAUUGAGAAAAAACUGAACAUAAGAUAUUCUGGUAUCUAAACAUGUCAGUAUAAUAAGACAAAGGUUAAAUAAGGUAUCAUUGGAAAUACCAUACUUCUGAUUCUUUUAAAAAAAAAUCAAAUGGCACUGAAAAAUACAUACUGUGGAUUCAUUAUUAUCCGUUGGAUACCAAUGUUCAUGGCGUUUGUUCUUACAGGUGAACUGGGAAGUAAAAUGUUCAAUGAACAACAAAUUUUGUAAAGGCUUGUAUGCAAAUUUAUCAAAACCUCGAAAUUAGCUCUCCAAGAUCAUGCAAGUUUUCCUUAAUUCACUAAAAUUGGUACCCGCAAAAACUAAAUCAAUCCACAGUAUUACUUAGAUAUUUGCUCAUUCAUCUGUAGAUACUUUUUCUUGUCAUUCAAAAUUAUAUGUUGCUCAAAUUUCCUGUCUCUAAUUAAUCAAAUUUUGUAAUCAGAGAAUUUGCAUUUAUUAUUUUUUUUAUAUUAUAAUAAAGUAUGACAGUGCACAAUAUAUUAUUUAUAAAUCAUAACAUUAUAUUGUAUAAGUUUGAUCUAAAGAAGGAUUUAUGUUUAUUUUCCCUGUCUGUUUAUAAAAUAAAAUGAACAUAAACUGAUGGUUUCCAUUUAUUUCUGGCUAUAUGCAUAAUUUUGAAGAGUACCAUAACUUUCUUUUAUUGAAGACCACUACUUCCAGUGAUUGAUUUGUUUGUAAUAUACUAUCCCAAUCAAAGUGGAUUUUAGUUCAACUUAUGAAAUUCAUAUUAAAACACUUGUAUUGAUAAUUCUAGAGAAAAAACUAAUAGUCCAGAAGUUUGGUGUCUAUAUGAACGAAAAUGAUUAGCACUUUGGAGUUUAUAAGAUAUUCUUGAGAUUGUGUUUCCAUGAUACAUCAAUACUGCUUACCAGCCAAUUUAAUCAACAACAAAAACAGUGGAAUCAAUCGAAAAGAUUUGUGCAGCCUGUGACUUUUGUUGCAGUAAGCUCAACAUAUUAUGAAUAGUUAACUGUGCGGUGACAUUAACUACUAUUUUGUAACUUCUUAAAAGUUUUAUAUUUUAGAAGAUGGAAGACCUGGAUGCUACAUACUUUGUAUAUAGAUGCCUUAUAUUUUCGUCUGUCACAUGCCCAUUGUUAGAUUUGAAAUGUAAUUCCAAAUUGUUGGGUUACUUCAUUAAUUAUUACUGAAGUUAUUUAUUUUAUUUGUAAUACUUGUAGAUACGAUUUGGGGUAUUUGCGCAUACAUGUAACGUUGCGCUCUUAUGAAUUGUUAUAUUUCCCGUUUUUAAAGUUUUAUGACGUUUAGCCUUUUACGUACGUUACGUUGUCUAGUUUUUAUUCAUUACAAAUUAUUUGAUUACGGAGACACAUCGUUAUUUAUAGAGAGAUCAUAAUCGGUAAGAAAUAAUUUAUGUACAUUUUUAAGAACAAUAUUUAUUUAAAGAAAGAAUAUCAAGAAUUGUAAAAGUAUUUAUAAAGUAAUAUUUAUUUCAAUUAACUUUUUACUUUAACAAGUUAUUCAUUAAGCGUGAAAGAAAGUGUUUCCUAUUGUUUGUUUAGUAUUAUGAUUUUAGUGUUUUAAGUUAUAUUUUAACUUCCGAUGUAUGCUUAUGUGUAUUUGUAUUCUAUUGUAGAGAAUCGGUUGAUAUAAUAUAUGAGUAUAAGAAGCCAAAAUUAUGUGUAAUUUUGAGGAAUAAAAGAUACAUAUUUAUACCGCA